UUCCCUUUUCCUGUGUAAACUCUUUCGGCCGAUCCCAAGAGGAGGGGCCGGGGACUCCCGAGCUCCAGCGGGAGCGAGGUUGCUCAUUCGAGUUUGGCUUUCUGGCGUCGAGCUCCAAACUUCCCGGAACGCCGCUAGAGAUUAAGCGACCGUGAGGGCGAAGGGAAGGAGCGGCUGCCCCGCAGAAACUUAACCGAGCGUAGGAACGAUCUCUUCUUUCGGUAGCUGGAGAGGAAAGAGCCUCUCCACAACAUGGGCCUCAUGGAGUGGCUGCCUUUUGGCGUGUACGGUCUGGCGCUCGCUACCGCUCUGGCUUUCGGGGCGUUGUGUGCUUUCGGCAGGAGGAAAAGGCUCACUGGAGAGCCUCCCUUAAUAAAUGGUUGGAUUCCUUUCUUGGGAGAGGCCCUGAACUUUAGAAAAAACGCUAUUGGUUUUUUAUUAACUUUGAAUAAAAAACAUGGAGAUAUUUUUACCGUACACAUGGCUGGCAAAUAUAUUACAUUUAUAUUAAACCCCCUCCAAUAUCCUGUUGUGACCAAGAACAGCAAGUAUCUGGAAUUUGAAGAAUUUGCAGAUCAAUUAUCAAGCCAAGCAUUUGACCAUCCGCCGGUUAUAAAUGGGAAAUGCCCUGACCUAAAUGAACGUGUACACAGGAAUUAUCAACAUCUUCUUGGCAAAUCAUUGGACACACUCUCUGAUAAUGUGAUGAGGAACCUCCAAAUUAUAUUUAAAAGAAAGUUUUCACAAAUGGUAGAUUGGGAGAUGGGAAAAAUGCACAAGUUCUGCUUCUCUAUAAUAUUUGAAGCCAGUUUUAAAACAUUGUUUGGAAGGGAUCCUCAUAAUGAUGGCUAUAAUGUUACUGAUGAAAUUGGAGAAAAAUUUCUCAAGUUUGAUGCCAAUUUUUCCUAUUUGGCUCUAAACAUACCAAUCGUAUUGCUGGGAGCAACCAAGAAGAUCCGGAGAGAACUCCUAAACUUUUUAAACCCCAAAAAGAUGGAGAAAUGGUUAGAUGUUUCUGAAGUGGUCCAAGACAGAAAAGAUAUAUUCGAAAACUAUACGGUGCUUAGCGAUUAUGACAAAGCAGCACAUCAUUUCACCUUUCUGUGGGCCUCGGUGGCAAACACAAUUCCUGGUGUAUUCUGGGCGAUAUAUUAUCUGUUGAGGCACCCAGAAGCUUUUGCAGUGGUGCGUGACGAAAUUGACCAUUUGCUGCAGUCAACAGGUCAAGAGAAGAGGCCAGGAGACAGCAUCUACCUCAGCAGAGAACAAUUGGACAACCUGGUCUACCUAGAAAGUGCUAUAAAUGAGAGCUUGCGAAUGUGUUCCUCGUCAAUGAAUAUCCGUAAAAUCAAAGAAAAUUUUAUUCUCAGCUUUGAAGAGAACAAUGAAGUCUGUUUGAGAAAAGGAGAUUUGUUAGCAAUUUUUCCUCCAAUUCUGCACAUGGACCCUGAAAUCUACGAAGAUCCUCAAACAUAUAAAUUUGACCGCUAUGUGGAGAACGGCAAGAAGAAAACAACCUUCUUCAAACAGGGAAAGAAGUUGAAAUAUUUUCUAAUGCCAUUUGGCUCUGGAAGCAGCAUGUGUCCUGGAAGAUUCUUCGCAAUGAAUGAAAUUAAAGUCUUUGUGAUUUUAGCAUUGGUUUAUUUUGAUAUGGAUAUAAUAGAAGACAAACAACUCGGACAGGGCAAAGAUAGAAUAGGCCUUGGUAUUUUACUGCCAGAUUCUGACAUUAUUUUUCGUUAUAAGCUUCGGUCUUAGUAGAGAACCUCUAUUGCUUAUAUAACUAUCUUACUCAAAUCAGUCUUUUAUUAAAUGUAAUGUAGCAUUUGUAAUUUAUGGGUGUCUUUACAGGUUUACUGUACUUUCAUUGAUAUUAAGUGUUUAAAAUAUUAUCAUAGACUGUGCUUUUCUGUGCAAAAAACAAUGAGAAGCAGAUAUAAUCCAUGUAAAUUCUUUUUAUGAUACGAAUUCUAGGAUCUAAGGUCCCACAAGUAAUUCUGACUCAUCCAUGGAUCCAUUGGUCUUCUAAAGAGAAUUGGAUACUAAAACUAAAAUCCUAAACAUCUUUCUGGGAAGAUAAAAUCUACUCAUCCUGGAGACACGUAAUUCAGAGUAAACAUAAAUAAGGGACACUUUUCCUGUUGAUUCUGGAAAAAUUACAAUAAUAAGUAUUGCUUCUAUUGCCAUCCUGAGGCAUAAUAACAAGGAUUUAAUCUUUCAUUCCUACAGUCUCACAAAAAAAGUUAAAUGUUUUUCUGUGCCAAGGUACUUCUGUUUUGUAGCCAACAGUUUCCCUUCUACUGAGGAGUCUUUCACUAGGUGACAGCAUUUGGCAAAAGUUGGGAAACUUGCUAAAAAUAUAGAUAAACUCUGACAAACCCCUUCCCCAUCCUCUUUAUAUAUUCUCUGUAACUACUUUGGUAUGAAGAAGAUGAGAACUGCUCAAAAGACCCUCCUUAUAUGGAUACUGCAAUAAAGCAAGAUAGCUUAAAAAAUACGACCAAAAGAGGAAAAGGUAUUUGUCUUCAUCUCAGCCAGGCACUUCAUUGUGCAGAGAUGAAGAGAUUCUGCUCAUCAUGGAAAGAAGGAACACGAUUCUCACUGACGCAUUUUAUGAUGCUUCAACACUUUGACCAGUUCCAUAACCAGAAUUGGUUCUGCACAUAUUAUGCUUUUUUCCCCCUUCUCUUCAAUCCUGCCAAAUUCUUAGAGACUCCCUGGACAAGUCCCUGCAGUUUACUUGGCAAAGUUUUUUCAGAAAUAAUUUCCCAUUGCAUUCCUCUGAGGGCUGAGAGGUAGUGACUGACUGAAGGGCAUCCAGCUGACUUUGUGCCCAGGCUGAGGUUAGAAGUCCCAGUCUCCUGAUUUCUAGCCUGAUGCCCUAACCACUACACCAAACUGUCCCUAUAUAUGCAGAGAUUUUUAGAAACGGAUACGUGGCCUUACAAAGCAACUUCAUACAAAUGUUUUGUCCAAAACUCUAUAUAGCUCUAAUAGAUUAUCAGCAAUAUAACAUAAUUUAUGAAGCAUUGACUAAUUAGAUAAGCUACCUGUCUGUGCUAUUGGUACUCAUAUGUGGGAGGAAAUAAACUUUUUUUUAAUUAAUCUGUCAGAUUUAUUCUAGGUAGUGAUGGUGCACACUCUAUGGGCAAAUGCAUUGCAUAGUUAGUUGAAGCUCAAAAUCUAGUUAUUUUUUUACAGAAUGAUAAGCAAAAGUAACAUUAUUACAAUGUUGUAUAGACGUGCUUGCAGAAAUGUCAGUUGUGAAACAUACCCUACAGUUGUGAGGAUUCGUCCUUUGGCAACUUUUUGAUAUCAACUGUGGGACGAAUUAAAAGCAGUUUAAAACAUGGCUUGCAUUUCGAUUCAAGUUGUGAUUUUACAUUUUGAAAUUGUAAAUAUCGUGUGUUGCAUGAUAAAAAUGUAAUGGCGCUUUGUUAAAUAGGACAGCAAUACAUACGCCAGAACAAUCACUGCUCUAUAGCUGAUAUGUCUCUCUGGCAACCAAGAGAAGACAACACUUGUAAAUGUACAACUGAGAUCUAUGAAAAGGUACAGUUGACUGCUACUUGAUGCUCAAACUUUCACCGGGUAUAGAAAAAAAAAAAAGGCAAGUGAGAGGCUAUGUCCAAACCCUGCACUACACUAUAGACUUGAUCGGGGUAAAAUCCAAUUUUUUCCCUACCUGUUCUGUGGGCAUGGCAGGGAAAGGAUAUUGCAAAAUCUCCAUUCCCACCCCACUCUGGGGCCAGCCACAGGUGGUAUUUGCCAGUUCUCCGAACUACUCAAAAUUUCCGCUACUGGUUCUCCAGAACCUGUUAAAACCUGCUGGAUUUCACCCCUGGAGUUGAUGGAUCUUCAAACAGAUUUUUCUGCAAUGUUUAUAACAAAGUCGUAUUCGAGAAGAGCAGUUGUUUUUCUUUUCAACUGGAACUAAUAAAUUGGUGCAAGUUCUUGCAGCCGAUCUCCUCCCACGUCUGUAAAAUAAUUCUCUGGUUUGGGUUUUCCCCAGUGAAGCUACUCGUGACCAAGUAGCAUCAUUCUUCUAGAAUUGACAGGAUAAAACAAUACAAAUUAUUAUUAAUGAAAAUGAUUAAAAGGAACUCUUCUUUCUAGUUUUAAACCCUGCCGGUCACCCUUAACCACAACACAACCAUAUCCUGACAAUAUCAUUGUGAAAUUGCCCUUACUCUAUGCCCAGGAACUAAGUGAGACUUAGAUACACUGGAAUAAAACUAGUAUUUUCCUUUUUAAGGUGACAUUCUUCCAUCAUAGCUUCAUGAUGGAAUAAUGAAUAAUAAUGCUUUAUUAUAAUCAUAUAAUAAUAUACUAUAUUAUCUUGGAACUAUGGUCAGAUGGAAUCUUCCUAAGAUGGCAUUCUCAGCAGUUUUUUUUUGUUUGUUUGGUUUGGUUUUUGCCAAAACCAGACAGCUGGUUUUGUUGUCAAAGCUGCCUCUUUGGCAGCAUGCUUUGAACAGGACCUACUAGGAAUGAGUCAAGAUAACCAUUGGGUGACUAUGGACCUACCUGAGAUUAGAAGGUAGCAAUUCUCAGUGGGAGGAGUUGGAAAGUAGAGUCUCUAUCUAUUCCUUUCCAGCUGUCUGCUGUUUUAAGAACUUACGGUGCUUUUCCUGUCUUUGAGAGGAGCUGUUUAUGACUAGCUUUAAAAGUUUCAGCUGUAAAUUUUAACUGCUAAAUAUUUUGGACUAUAUCAAAAUUGUCAAAAUGCAAGCAAUAUAUCAAGACAAAAUUUAUUGGGUAAGCUGGGCAGAAAGAAUACUUUUCAAUUUAUAAGUUCAACUUGAAAAUUUGGCUAAAAAGCUUGAUAAAGUAACAAUGGUUUUAGAUAUUGGUAACCCAAUGCAAAUAACAGUGAUUUACAAUUAGAUGGAUUAGAAUGUAAUUUGAUGCUGGCAGAUCUGAAAGAUGAGGUGGAUUUAGGAAAUGCAAGUUGGUUAGAGGACUCCAAGAAAGGUAUGAUAAAGACUCAAAAUUGAUCAGUAAUGAGUUCGACUUUUUGAAGGAAAUUGGGGAACAGAUUUAUUAUACCCAGUUGGAAAACAAACGUUAAGAGGUGUUAUGUUACAAUUUACAGGAAACUGUUUUGUGCAAUAAAUGCUAUGGAGAUACACACAACAGAGAUUUCUGCCUUUUUUUUUUUUUUAAUUUGACUUAUAUGCCGCCCUUCUCCGGAGACUCAGGGCGGCUUACAAUGUGCUCAGCAAUAGCCUCCAUCCUUUUGUAUAUUUAUACAAAGUCAGCUUAUUGCCCCCACAACUGGGUCCUCAAUUUACCUACCUUAGAAAGGAUGGAAGGCUGAGUCAACCUUGAGCCUUGGCGAGAUUCGAACCUGCAGUAAUUGCAGGCAGCUGGUCUUAAUAACCAGCUUAAUAACAGGGUGCCUUAGACCACUGUACUACCAAGGUUCUUUGGGGAAUAAAAUCCAACUGCUAAAAAACAUCCCAAUUCAUAUCUUAAAGGAAAGCCUUAUUAUUAAGAAUCAGUUGAGGAUAUUUGAUCCUGGACAAAUCAGAGACAAUGUCUGUGGUGAAUUAUGGUAGACCAGAAGCCAUUGUUGACUUUCUGCAGGUGAAAUACAAUAAAUGGAUUGUUAACAGAAGGUUUUGAAGUGUAAUUUAACUGUUGGUUUUACCGGUUAACUAUGUUUUCAUAUAGCAGAUAAAUGUCAAGCUAAGUGGGUUAGGUAAAGAGAGUUGUAGAAAUUUAUAAAUUGUGUGCCUCCUUUGCGAGGCAGGAACAGGUAUUAUUUUUGAACUAUAUCAGUAUCAACUAGGGGAGACAAUUUAUGUAUAUGUCUGUUUUGUUUUUUUCCUUUUAUGCACUUUUUUGAGGGUAGUCUUGUUUAGCUUUGUUUUGUUUUUUCCCCUCUUUUUUUGGAGUUUGAAUUUUAAUAUUUUGAAUAAAAUAUUAAAAAAUGAGAAUCGGGGAAGUGUGGCCAGUUGAACUAUUGUAUAUCAGAGGUGUGCUUUGGGUAUGUUGAGAAGGGUUGGUGCACUCUCAUCCCAUUGGUUGUUAGCUAACUUCUCUUCCCGCUGAUUGUUGGCCUACUUCUGCCUUGGUUGAUUGUUCUCACCAUUAGUACGUGGCUUUCUCCACUUCUUUCAUGCCCAUCAACAUCCUUCUUUUCUGUUCUGGAUAUCGACUUCUCUCCAGGCUUCCUAAAAGGAAACAAGGAGAGCAGAUCCCAACUAUUUUAUAAGCAGAAGAAAAGAGGGCAUGUUUUCCCCCCUUAAUCUGUUCUAACAGUAUUCUGAAAUGGAACUUUAUUUUAGUUUGUUACAAUCCUGCUUUUCAUGAUUGUAGUGUCCACAUUAACUUGCUUAUGUGUUUAUUUGCAAUUUCUCUAUAUUUGUCAUUUACAAACACCUGUUUCCUCUUCUAUCCAUAAGUGGAAAUAAGAAACCUAGUAGUUCAGCAACCAGUUAGUUUCAUUCACUCGGGUUUAUAGCAGGAUUCAAAUAUUUAAAAGACACAACCUAUUAGUUAAAACUAAAUACUGGUCAAGAGGGAGGCUGAAGAGGAAAGCUCCAGGAACAGAAAAAUGGCUUCUUUCAAGGGAACGUUUUUGGCCUUAAAUCUAUAAUGGGACACACAAAAUCCUAGGGCUCCAUCAAACACAGCUUAAAAACUCUGCUUUGUGGGGCCUGGCAAGUUGCACAAUCAUAGGACCUGCUUGCCUUCUCUCUGGCAUCCUCCAUACAUUUCUUUAUUUCACAUUUUUAAGACCUGGAAGAUAUCUAGAAAUUUAGGAGAAGGUAGACAAACCAGCUUAGAGAAAAAAGGCAGUGACCUGAAAGCCCAGGCCUGCUCCUUUUGCUGCAGGGCCCUGAUUUAUGUAUGCUUUUUCAUUCAGAACUAGGAUGUCUUGAGACAAAUCAGUUUCCCUCCGACAAACGUACACUCAGAAGCCAUUACAAGAUUGUUUGGCAAUGUCUUGGAAGGGCAGGAAAUGGCAGUGAAGAGAGCAAAUGUUAUGCCAGCAUUGUUUAAUGCCACCUCAAGCACAGAUAGAAAAUACUUCAGUUUACUAUUGGGAAAAGACUUUCCUAGUUUCUUAAGAGUACUGGUCAGCAUUCCACAAAAAAUGAAAUCAAAUGAACAUCUCUUGAAGAAUCAUAAAGAUGGAAUAGUCCAAAACAGAAGAAUUAUAGAAGUUUUAUGUACUGUACAGUACAAUAUAUUUGUUGCAAUCUUGGAAAUUGUUGUCCUUAAUGAAAUAGGAUUAACUAGUGGUUCCAGACUAAUUGGUAAUAUUAAAAGAAGUAGCCAUCUGCUAAAGAAUAAAUUCAAUUCAUUUUCAAUAGGUUCUAUUUCCUUUGGCAAUGGAAAGGAAAUAAAUUUGAACAAUUUCAGUGGGACCUAUUUUCUUUUAAAAGUUUCCAGGAUUGUUUCCAGGAAGUUAAGCAACCUUUUAAAAUUCAAAAAACAGUGAGAUUCGGAUAUGUUAGGUUUUAAUAGGAGAAUUAAUUACAUUAAUUUUUAAUUGAUGUACAGCUGGCCUAUUAGGUUUUAUAUUAGCUAGACUAUGCCCUGUCAUUUUACCUUUUUUUACCCAAACCAGGGGCAGUGGGGAUAUUCUUUACGGAUUGGCAUGAGUGGAUCAUAUAUUUGUAAUGGUCAAAUAAUGCAAUUGUUUUUUAAUUUACUAUUUUUGCUUUAAUAUAGGACCUUUUACAUUUUAUGCAAUAAGUGCUUGACCUAUACCUAUUCUAGUUUUUAAACUGCUGGUUGUUGUUGUUUUUUUUAUUGUACCAUGACAAAAUAGUACAAUUAAAUAUUUUUCCUAAAAUAUAUUUACAAAUCUAAUAGGGGGUUGUUGUUUUUUGAGACACUAAUGUCAUCUCUUAAUUCCAAUUAAUUAUCCUGCUGCUUCUUACUAGUUUGUUAUAGUUUGUAUAACAACAAUAAUGUACACAAUUUCAGAAAAAUAUCAGAAAUUAUAAAACAAAAUGCAGGGUUAAAAAAAACUUGCUUGGUGAGCACAAUGAAAUAUACAUACCGGUACAUAUAUACGUACAUACAUACAUACAUACAUACAUACAUGCACACAUGCAUACAUACGGAGGGAGAGAGACAGAGACGAAGACCAAGACCAUUUGGUGUAGUGAUUAUGGCAUCAAACUAGAAACUGAGACCAUGAGUUAUUUCCAACCUUAAGUACAAAGCCAGCUGUGUAGCCUUGGGCCAGUUACUUUUUUUCAGUCCUAGGAAAGAGGCAAUUGCAAAUUACUUUUGAAAAACCUCAGAAAACUACAAGGCCUGUCCAGAUAGUCUCCAAGAAUCAGAUAUUACUGAAUGCAAGGGGAAAAAAUGGUUCUAUAUAUAAAAUAUCUGUGUUCAAUUGUUGAAAGAAAGACACAACUUUUGGGCUAUGUCAUCCAUAUGCAAAUAACUCCUUAUUCUAUUCCUCUUAUCACUUCAAAUUCAAGUAAAACAUUGGAAGAGGUGUUCAACUUGUUGCUGAGUUUUUUUUUUAAAUGACAUUUUGUCUUUACAUACUUUUUGACACAUUUUAUCCUGUUUGCUCUAUUCUGCUUUUCCAAUUUUAUGUCCUUUAAAUUUGCGUGUGGAUUUAUGGCAUGUACCCAUAUAAAAAUACUAACUUGGAUACUAAACCCACUUGGAAAUAUUUGCUUGUAAAAAAUGUAUUUAAAAAACUAUUGCUAGGGAAGAGCACCGUAUAUGGGAUUAAAAAUCUACCAGAUAGAUCGCCUACUUUGCCUCUUGUAUGAUGUUUCCCAGUGAUCACAUAUUGGACAACUAUUGUGUUUGUUAUCUAAGACUUUCUGAUAUACUGUUAGUAUAUUUAAGAAAUUUCAAAAUUAACCAACAACUUGCGGUUCCAACUAGACAACAAUAAUUUACAAUUCCAACGAACAUAUUGAUGAAGAUGUUCCAAAGCUAAUUCACUCUGGAGUCCUUGGAUUACAAAGUCAAUGACUGAAAUAGAAGUGGCCCAUCAGGAAUUAUAAAUCUAGUCAUGGUCAGCUGAUUAACAGCUUCUUCUAGGCCUGGUGUCUUUGGACCAGGCAUUGUCUCUCAGCCUAAAUUACAUCAAGGGAUAAUUUCUGCAGGAAUAAUUUUGGAAGCGGGAUACUAAACAUAUCACCUAAAGGUCCAUGAAGAAAAGGUAAUCUAAUGAACUGUUCUUCAUAGCACUUUGAAGUCAUGUAGCCAUAUUAUUAUAACUGAUGUGUGCUAGAUGAUGACAAAGGAAAAACCUACUGCAUAACUUUAUAACAAUUGGCACAUUGACCAAUAUUUUGAAAGCCAGUGAAUGUUGACUAUUUUAUUAACUUCAAACAUUAAUAUCGCAUUAAAAUGUCAACUUCUGGUGAAUUCUUAAUAACUGUUUUAUUUGCUCUUAAACCAUAUAUGGUAGAAAUCCUCAUUAGUAACAUCUAAUAAGAAAAACUGAUAUUUCCCUGAAACAAUACAUGUCUGAAUAAUUACAUAUGACAUGGAGGUAAAGAUCAUUUAACUUUCAUUUCAAGAUAAUCAUAUGCCUACAUAUUUCAAAUAUCUCAAUGUCUGCAAAAAUCACAUGGUAUACAAUAUUCAUAUUGGGAAUAGGAAACAUCCUGGUUAAAGAUUUUCCCUGAAAUCAUGAGGUUUCAUAGAUUAUCAAAUGUAUCAUAGGAUACAAAGCUUUUGUAUUUCUCUUGUAAACUUCUGGUAAGGUACUCAUUAAUUUGGGAAAAGAUAGAUUUAAAACAAUGAAAACGUCAUAAUUCGGUACCCAUGUUUUUAAAUUAUAUCAGGUUAUUACCAAGAGUAAUGAAAUCUAUUAUGUUUAGAUAUUAAUGCAGUGUUCUAAAUCGUGAUAUAUUUGUACCUGUAUAAUUUUGUAUAAUAAGAAUAAUAUACUUGAAUUAUAAUUUGAAAUCCAUGUAUAUUAAAGGACUAUUACUAGAAGCAGAA